AUGAGCGUCAACUGGGGAACCGAACUGUGGGACCAGUUCGAGAACCUGGAGAAACACACCGGCUGGGGCAUCGACUUCCUUGAGAAAUACACCAAGUUCGUCAAAGAGCGAGCCGACAUCGAACUCAACUACGCCAAGCAGAUCAGGAGCCUCUCUAAGAAGUAUCUUCCCAAGAGGAGCCGAGAAGAUGACAGCAGGUACACGUGGUGCGCGGCUUUUAGCGCCACGCUGCGGCAGCUAGGAGAGUUGGCAGCGCGGCGAGAGGAAGUCGCCGACGACCUCAACGUCAACGUGGCCGAUGACCUCGGCAGGUUCGCGCAGGAGAUCAAGGCAGAGAGGAAGUCGCACUUCCAAGAUGGCCGCCGUGCCCAGCAGCACAUGGAAACUUCGUGGAAGCAACUCGAAAGUAGCAAACGCCGUUUUGAGCGGGACAGCAAAGAGGCGGAGCGAGCGCAGCUAGCGUGCAACAAGAUGGACGUCGACAACAACGUGGACGCCAACGACAAGCGAUGCUCCUUUAAGGCUCGCCAGGUGGCGGAACAAAAAAAACAAACGGCCCAAGAGUCCAAGAAGGAAUACUUGAGUACUUUAAAGCAGUUUAACCAGGACCAGCAUCAGCACUACCACAAAAUGGUGCCUGUCAUCUACCAGCGCAUCCAGGAAAUGGAGGAGCGGCGUAUCGAGCGCGUGGCUUCAGCCAUGCGUUUGUCGGCUUCGGCCGAGAAGAAGUCGCUUCCUGACGUUGGCCGCUGUUUGGACGCCAUGAUGGACGCCGCCCAAAGUGUCCGGGCCCAGACGGACACGUGCUCGGUGGUGAGCGCAUUCAAGUCUGGCUUCGAGCCGCCGGGCGACCUUGACCCCGAGGACUUUGGCUCCGCCUCCAUGAGGCGAAGUGUUUCCGAGUCCAGCUACCUGGACAACCGCGUAGAGGGGCGGAGACAAACCAGGAAGUUGUGGCCUUUUCUCCGCAAAAAUAAACUGCUGAAUCUGCUGUCGUCGCCCCGCCAGCCGCCGCCCCCGCCACCUGCCUCACCUUCUCCAGGGAAUGUGGCUGGGAGUCCCCUGACACCGCCCCCGGCCGGCAGGGAACCGAUUGCGCAGCGGUUCAACGACCUGGUGACCUCCGGCUCCCGGACCAGGAAGCAGUGCCUGAAAAAUCUCAAGAGAGGACUGUCACUCAAACUGGGCUCCACCCCCUCGGACUGCAGUCACCUUCCGGCCGAGCAACGGCGGAAAAAACUGGAGAACCGAAUUCACCGCAUUGGACGAGAAAUCUUAAGAGAGCGAGAGCAGAGGGAGGCUCUGGUGAAGAUGAAGGCGGUGUAUCAGCAGAACCCUAGCUUGGGGGACGGCGCCACCCUGGAGCCACGCUUGGACGAGGUCAGACGAAGCCUGCACAGGUUGGAGGAAGAGCUGAGGAAUAACCAGGCGUGGCUGGCGGAGGCUCGGCAGGCCCUGAGCGCCGCAUGUCCGCCAUCUUCCCGCUUUGCCGCCAGCCCAGACAGCAGAGAAAGCCCCGACGGCAGCUACACAGAGGACCACAACGCCGAAGUCAACUUCUCCAAGUCCAGAAGCUCCGACUUUGAUGAUGACUUCGAUGACGACGAGCCGCUGCCGAGUAUAGGAACCUGCAAGUCGCUCUACCCGUUCCAAGGUCAGAACGAGGGAACGCUGUCCAUGUGCGAAGGAGAACUUUUGAGCGUGGUGGAGGAGGACAAAGGUGACGGCUGGACGCGAGUGCGCAGGAACGCGGACCAAGAGGGAUACGUACCCACCUCAUACAUCAAAGUGCUGCUUAUGGCGGACAAAGGUUUUGUGCAAACUAGCCGUCUGGUGUGA